CUUAAAUGACACCAAGCAAAGCCUACUUAGUUUAGAUUUCAAGAAAUUGACUGGUGAAAAAUUAAACAUGAAGUUUAUAGUUUUGUUUUGUUUUGUUCUGCUUAUCAUUAUUCAAACUGACUUUGGACAAAAUGAAGAAAUUCCUAGGAAGCAAAGGAGAAAGAUGUAUCGAAGAAGAUUGAGGAAAAGUUCCUCACCCAACCACAGGUCAAAUAGGCAGCUUGGAAUUCAGCAAAUGACGACAGUUGCACCAACAGCAAGAUUUCCCAUUGUUAACUUUGAUUACAGCAGAGAAGAGAAGUUUGAAUCCUCUUUAAGUUUUCUUGGAGUAGAAUCAAGCUAUAAUGUGUUACCAGGAAAGAAAGGACACUGCUUGGUGAAGGGCAUGAUCAUGUACAACAAGGCUGUAUGGUCACCUGAGCCCUGCACUACCUGCCUCUGCUCAGAUGGAAGAGUGAUUUGUGAUGAAACCAUGUGUCACCCCCAGAUGUGCCCCCAAACAGUUAUACCUGAAGGAGAAUGCUGCCCAGUCUGCUCUGAUACUGAGCAAAGAGAACCUAUCAAAUUACUUCAAAAGCAACUGCCACCUCCUCAGGUGGAAAUGGACCAAAUAUUACAAAAGGAAGCACUUCAACCUGAGGAGGAUGAAGAAGAAAUUAAAGAAGAAGAGACAGAACAAAAGAAAGAGACCCCUGGACCUAGAGAUUGGGGGAAACUUCACAAUGAGUGGGAGAGCAGAGGAGGAGAGAGAAAGCAGAGGCCUGGAGAGGAAGAGAGGUCAGCACAACAACCGCAACACCAAGGAAGGGAAGAGGAGGAGGAAGAAGGGGAGGAAGGAGAGGAGGACGACGAGGAGGACGAGGAAGAGGACCCUGUGAGAGGAGAUGUGUUCCGAAUGCCCUCUCGAUUACCAGUUCCUGCUCCCCCGAGAGGCAGGCCAUGCCUGCCAAAUGGGUGCUCUCUGUCCUACAGGACCAUCAGCUGCAUUGAUGUCUUCCUCACCCAGAUACCACCUCUGACAGCACCAGAGAUAACAAGCCUGGAGCUCGUUGGCAACUCCAUCAUAUCCAUCCCGGAUGAAGCAUUUAAUGGACUACCGAAUUUGGAAAGGCUUGAUCUGAGCAAAAAUAAUAUCACCUCUCCAGGCAUAGGUCCAAAAGCAUUCAAGCUUCUGAAGAAGUUAACGCGUCUGAAUAUGGAUGAAAAUAAUUUGGUACAGAUUCCUUCAGAAUUACCAUCUACAUUAGAAGAACUUAAAAUCAAUGAGAACAAUCUUCUGGGUAUCGAUGAAGAAAGCUUAUCAGGCUUAAAUCACUUGGUCACCUUAGAGCUGGAAGGAAACAAUCUCAGUGAAGCCAACAUCAAUCCUUUAGCUUUCAAACCUUUAAAGAGCCUAUCCUACCUGCGUCUGGGAAAAAAUAAAUUUAGAAUUAUACCGCAGGGUCUUCCUGCUUCUGUUGAGGAAUUAUACCUAGAAAAUAACCAAAUCGAAGAAAUAACUGAAAUUUGUUUCAAUCAUACCAGAAAGAUCAAUGUCAUUGUACUACGUUAUAAUAAAAUAGAAGAAAAUAGGAUUGCUCCUUUAGCCUGGAUAAAUCAAGAAAAUCUAGAAUCCAUUGAUCUCUCCUACAACAAGCUCUAUCAUGUCCCCUCCUACCUACCCAAGUCCUUGUUGCACCUUGUGCUCAUGGGGAACCAGAUUGAACGGAUACCUGGCUAUGUGUUUGGCCAUAUGGAGCCAGGCCUGGAAUACUUGUACCUGUCAUUUAACAAACUCACUGAUGACGGCAUGGACCAUGUCUCAUUCUAUGGGGCCUAUCAUUCUCUGAGAGAAUUAUUUCUGGAUCACAAUGACUUAAAAUCUAUACCACCUGGGAUACAAGAAAUGAAAGCACUACAUUUUCUGAGGCUGAAUAACAACAAGAUAAGGAAUAUUCUUCCAGAACAAAUUUGCAAUGCUGAAGAGGAUGGUGACUCAACUCUGGAACAUCUUCAUCUUGAAAACAAUUACAUUAAAACUAGAGAAAUAUCAUCCUAUGCAUUUUCAUGCAUAAGAUCAUAUUCAAGUGUGGUUCUUAAACCCCAAAACAUCAAAUAAUACCAAGUUUUUCUUUGCCAUUUAUAAGGUUUACUCAUAUAUUCAUAGCAGUAGCAUUUGUCAUUAACAAAAGAGACAUAAUCCUCACAUUGUAAUCCAUAUCAUUAUGCUUGUCAACCUGAUUCACCAAUCCACUGAUAAACAACUAAAAACGUACCUAUAAGGUAUAGUCUUCUAGGAGUUUUAGUAAAGGAAAAAAACACAGGACUAGAAAGAAGCUAUCUCACUAGAAUAGGAUAUUAUGCACGCUGAGCUAGACCAAAAUACCUAGAACAAAAUAAAUACACCUUUUACAAUCGACCUGAGUACUGCUAAUUGCUGACUCCUUAAGUCUAUUUAAAAAUUAUUGAUGUUAUGAUUCAAGACCAAGAAGCAUACUGGCAACAACAACCAAAAACCAGGUAGAAAUUAUAAAUCAGUGUUCUUCAUUACUCUAUUAAAACAGUCAUUUAUUAGUUUUCCGUAAGAUCCUGUGUUAUAAUUAC